AUGUCUGGCCUGCAAAAAGAUUGUGGCUUGGUUAUGGACGAAAUGAGUCUCGAUGAAUGCCAAGAGUAUUGCCAGAAUACAAAGCAACUGGUUGGAACGACGACUUUACCUAGUUCAUGCCACUUAGCAACCAAAGGUUUGGUGCUCAUGUUAGUUGGCAUAUCAGACAGAUCGAAGCAAGUGGUUGGAUUCGAGUUCACUUCUAGUUCCUUUCCAAGAAAUUGCUUGAAACAGCUAGUAAUUGAGACAAUCCAUAAUGCCGAAACAAUUGGUUUACGGGUGCAUUUUCUGACGUCCGAUUCAGGUGCAGAAAACCAGCGGAUGUGGAGCGACCUUGGCGUCAACUUUGGCAAAGAAGCUGCCAAAUGGGAUCAAUCUAUUCCGCAUCUAAUGGACAAAAAUCGAGAACUGGAAAUAAUUCCAGACCCCGUGCACGUAUUUAAAAAUCUGGCUCAUGGAUGGAUUAAUAAUAAAUUUAUGACUCUUCCUGACUGGUACGUUGCCAAGAAUGGACUCACCUCGAAUGAAAUGCUUCGAGACCAUUUAAGAACGCUGGUGAAUUUUGAAAAAGGAAACCAACUACGAAUGUGUCACAGGUUGACUGAGGAUGAUGUGAAUUUCGAAAACCCGAUUUCAUCAGUUGAUAAAAUGAAAGUCUGUAACGCUACUAAAUUUUGCAACACAGCAGUAGCCGCUGCACUUCGCGUUGUUGCAUCUGAGACUGGUCAAUUUGCGCUUAACUCUACAGCACGCGUAAUUGAAGAUAUUGCAAACUGGUUUAACGUUAUCAAUAACCGAAAUAAGGAAGACGGAUUAAGCAAAACAUCUAACGAUGAAUUUGCCUUCAAAAUUUCGAAAUUGGAAGAUAUGGUUAAAUUAGUUUUGGAAUUAAAAGUUGGUGAUACAGGUCGAUGGAAACCAUAGAAAUCAGGUUUAGCCAUGUGCACGAAAGGAAUUAUUCGAUUAUCGAAACGACUCAUCGAUUUUGGACAUAAAUGCAUAAUUACAUCUCGUUUCGUUCAAGACUGCAUAGAAAGUCUGUUUUCAGUAAUUCGCUCUAAGCAACUUCGCCCCACGCCACUUCAAUUUACACGAAACCUGAAGAACAUUUGCUUAUCUUAGUAUAUGCAAGCUGUUCCCAAUUCAUCCUACGAUUUCGAUGAUCAAGAACAUUUAUUGGGUUUAACAGACUUGUUAAAGAAUCGGAAAGCAGAGCGAAUAGCUGAGAAAAGAAUACUGGCUCCUAACGAAGAUUGCUCAGUUACACAAGAAAUCAUACAAGACGAGAACAAUAAUAUCAACUUUGAUUAUGCUGGUGUUCUACAAGAUUCCGAGGAAAGUUUCGACAGGGCAGAGAUGUACACAUUAUAUCACAUUGCUGGGUAUAUCAUUGGAAAAUUGAGCCAACGCAGAACAAUUUGCUCAGUAUGUGUUCAAAUGUUUUUUUCUAAAGAAUGUCCCAACACCCAUUUUUCCAAGUUUUCGAAUCUACGCGCAAGGACAGCUCAAAGUUACCAUUUCGUUUCCGAAAACCGAUUUAACACGUUCAAAGUGUUGGAAUUGCUGCUAAGAAAUUAUAAGAGAUCGAUGAAACGAGAUACUGUAUUACAACAAAGUAAGAUUAUUGCUGAAAUGAGUCUAUUGCCAGCUGAAUUGUUUCACUGCCAAGAUUUUAAGAAGCUCCAAUUAAAAAAUUCGUAGUCUUUCGUUUGAA